GCUUGCGUCAGACCGAUGCACACGGCCCCCAAGAAGCCCCCGAUGCACACGGCCCCCAAGAAGCCCCCGAUGGCACCCAGCCCUCCCGGCAAAGCAGCUCGGACCCUGGCAGACCUCUUGCGCUUCUCCCCCCCCUGCUCUCCGCCGCCCCCCCGCCGCCCAGCCUGGAGCCGCUACCGCCUCUCGGAAAGCAUGAAGGGGCUGCUGGUAGCUCUCCUGGGGGGCGGCGUGCCCGCCGGCUUCGUCGCCCCCUUCACGCGGAUGGCCAACGAGGCCUCAGGCAUCCCCUCCCUGGAGAUCCUCCUCUUCCGGUGUGUCCUGCACCUGCUCUUCGCCUGCUACCUGCGCUGCCAGAAAGCGCCCUGCUUCGGGCCCCCCGAGGCUCGCCAGCGCACCCUGCUCCACGCCUCCAUCAACGUCAUCUCCAUCGGCUGCGCCUACAGCUCGUUCAUGGUGGUCCCGAGCGGCAACGCCGCCACGGUGCGGAAGGGCUCCUCCACCAUCUGCUCGGUCUUGCUGGCGCUGUGCAUAGAGAACGGCCAGCUGACUGGUUACGACUGGUUCGGGCUGGUGGGCAGCACCCUGGGCCUGACCAUCAUGGUGGUGCCGGACUUGCUGAACCUGGACAAGAGCACCCAACUCUAUGACACUUUCGGGUACGUCCUGGCCUGCCUGGGAGGGAUGGCCCUGGCCUUGGGGCUGGUCAUCUUCAGAACGCUGGCCUUCCCAGCCAAGCUGGUGACGGUCGCCUUCCUGUUCGGGGUGGUGGGCAGCCUGGUGUGCUCUCCGGCCAUGUUCCUCCUGCAGGACCCGGUGAUGCCGUUGGACCCCUUGACCUGGACGUGCGUGGUAGCCAUCAGCUGCCUCGCCUUGGUCUCCUUCCUGUGCGCCAGCUACGCUGUGACUAAAGCUCAUCCCGCCUUGGUGUGUGCUGUGCUGCACUCCGAGGUGGUGGUGACCCUGGCCGUGCAAUACUACGUUCUGCGUGAAGCUGUCACGCACUUCGACAUCAUGGGGGCGGGCGUGAUCCUCGGAAGCAUCGCCAUUAUCACCGCCCAAAAUAUCAGCUGCGAUGCGGCUGAAGACGACGACGAAGUGAUCAAAGGGAUCCAAUAGCCGAGAGGUGGCGUGACCCCGAA